GGCAAUGCAUCGGUGGCAACAGUAUAACGGUGAUCUCGACGGGGAUGUACAACCCCGGCACAACAGCGGACCAUUGGACAUCGAUGCCCUCCUGCAGCUCGCGUCGCAAAGCAUCUACCCUCACGAUCCAAUCGAUGGAUCUCGUAAUGCCCUGGAAAAUCAUCAGCUUCUAGACCCGGAUCCCCCGCAGGCGUUGUUCCCCAGGGACGCGCCAAGCUUCCAUGGGCCACCACCACAUAGCUUUGCAGGGGAUGUCCUUCUUCCUCCACAGCGCAGUCUGGACCCGGUGCCGGCAAGUCCCAGUGUGCAGAGCUCUGUGUUGCGGAGCCCUGUGGGCAGCGGGGAGUGGCCUGGGCAGCUGGGGAAGACUAGAAGGAGUCAGGGCAGGCCAGCGCCUCAGGCUGACCCGCAGGAUGGCAGCAGCUCAGACGACAGGGAGGGCGGCAUGCGCGGCAGCAAACAGAGUGAUGACCCCAACGCCCUGACGGCACUGCGGGAGAAAAACAGGCGCGCGCAGCGCAAGUUCCGGGAGCGGCAGAAGCAGAAGCUGGCGGAGAGCGAGGGGCGCGCGCGAGACCUGCAGCUCGCACUGGAGCGCCUAAAAAUGGAGAAGUCCGCCCUGGAGACGCGCAACGCUCUGCUGGAGAAGAUGGCGGGCAUGAAGCCGGGGGAUCGGCAGCCGCCCCAGAUCGAGGAGGUCACAGGCCGGGGAUGUGCGGCAGAUACUGCAGAAGAGGCCGUCUGUACCGGGGCCGCGGAUGGGGCGGCCAACGCCUCUUUGAGGGACACUUUGCCACCCUCACAGAACACAAUCCACCUCACAGUCCGGAAUGGGAGGCCGGGGCUGCGCAGUGGAGAGGGAACGCUGGCGUUGUCGCCAGAGCAGAUCCGGAGCCUACCGCAGUGCGAGCUGGCGGCGCUGUGGAAGGAUUACGUAAAUGCGCUGACUGGACUGCUGCAGGAGGCACGCGGGGAUGAUUCCUGUCCGGCUGGGCAGCGCAUUGGGCAGCUGAUAGUGGAAGUUCGCCUGGUGCUGUCGGGCCUCAUGUCUUACAACCCCAAACGAUGGUCCACACUCAGGGCCUUCAAGAUGGAUCCCAAGGGGCAGGCGCCCUUGCUGGAGGCGCCGCCUGCAGACUGGUCGCGCAACAUGUUCCGAGCCAUGAAGCUCACCAGCCGCCAGCGCCAGGCGGCCGUGGGGUACCGCAACCAGCUGCUGCUGCGGAUGGGGGGCACGCUGCGCGCUCGUCGUGACAUCUCCCUUGAGAUCCUGCGCACCCUCGGGGGUCCCAGCACCGAGCGCGUUGUGGGGGACUUGCAGGGGGGCACGGCGAUGGCGCAGGGGUUGCAUGUGGCCUCAAAUGCGGCUGAGGCGCUGCGGCGUAACAUAAUGGAGGAGCAGCAGCUGUACAACCAGUUCCUCAACGCCAUCCGCACCAUCGUGCUGCCCAUCCAGAGCGCCAUCGCCAUCGUGCAGGCCUACCCCUGGUGCCCGGACGCACUAGCCAUCUUCAACUGCGCGGCGCAGGAGGAGGGGGCCCCCCCGGCGCAUGAGCUUCUGGCCUGCCCGGUCCCCCCGGGGGUCCCUAAUCUGCUCAUGCCGGACCCCCCACAGCUCCCCAGAUUGAAGACUGCCGGCGCCUGA